CGCACGCACGUGUUGCCGUCGCCGCCGCCGCUGCUGCGAACCGUCGACGGACGGUGGUGUUUUUCGCGAGUGCACGGUGUGUCUGUCAUGAGUGAGUAAGCAUGCUGCAGCCGACUCUGCUACUCGCCGUCGCCCUUCUCCUCAAUGGGGUGUUGUGCAUAAAAGACGUGUCGAUCCAGGUGCCGCCGACGGUGAGCGUGGGCACGGACGUGUACCUGCGCUGCCUGUACGACCUUGAAGGCGACUCGCUCUACAUGCUCAAGUGGUACUGCGGCAAGGAGGAGUUCUACCGUUACGUCCCGAAAGAGCUGCCGCCCACGCGGGUCUUUCCCUUGCCCGGAUUCGGAGUUGACGUGGAUAAAUCGGACACGCACACUGUGGUGUUGCGUUCGGUGUCGCUGGAGAUGAGCGGUCGGUACCGGUGCGAGGUGUCUGCGGACGCGCCCACCUUCCACACGGCCAUGGUGGCCAGAUGGAUGCACGUCGUGGAGUUCCCCGAGGGUCGGCCAGAGCUGAGCCCGGAAAAGAGGCGCUACGCGGUCGGCGAGGUGUUGAGGGCCAACUGCACCACCGCCCCCAGCACGCCCCCGGCAAACGUAACCUGGUGGCUCAACGGUCAGAGGGUGAACGAGUCGUGGGUGCGGGCGUUCACGCCGGAGAAGGCGUCGAUCCCGAACGAGCCCUCAGUUUCGACCCGGAAGCCGCCGUUGGCGCCGCCGCUGCUGCUGAAGGACGAGGCGCGACCUGCCGCCUUCGUCAGGGGCGCCGUCAGGUCGCAUCUCGAGGUUGAACUCGGCCUGUCGAGCUUCAGGGACGGCAAGCUGCACCUGCGCUGCGAGGCGAAUUUGUUCGGCACCGCCAGGGACGCCGCCGAGGUGCAGCUCGACGAGGAGAGGCCCCGGCUGGCCUCCGUGCUCGGCACCAGGGAGAGCCACCCCUCGCCACCCUCACCCCCCGUCGCUGCUGCUAGCCGAGGCUGUGUGUUGGAGAGUUCGGCUUUGGUGUUGAUGCUGGUGUGGUGCUUGGUGCGUCUGCAGAGCUAGCGGCUCGGCGAGGCGCUGCCGGCCGGCAUGUGUUAGGCUUUUAAAAAAACAAACUCGAAUCGUGUGAGUCUGUCUGACUGAACGACUGCACCCCGCCGCCGCCGACGCCGCCGCCGCCGCGUUAAUAGUGAGCAAGAGAAGAAGAGAAAAGUGUUUUAAAUAAAAAUAAAAUCUCAAUUCGAUUUUGUAUUCGCCGCGCGGAGCAUGCCACAGCCAGGGACGUCGUGUUUUGCGCUGAUGCUUGCUGUGCACAUUUUGGCCGAAAUUGACUCUCGUCUCGCGAUUGUAAUUUAUGCGCGCGGCGUUUGUGUUAAUAAAGCGGUUGCACGCGACGUGACGCCCGCCAGCCCGUGUUUGCGCCUGAUUUUGUGUGACGAGUUCGAAUUGCGCGAUUUUGACUGCAGACUCUGCGUUUCCGCGAUUUGUUCGCAUCCUAAUGAGGCUCGACGUGGUUUUUGCCUCGUCUGCGUUCGCGUCAAGGAAAUAACUUCAGAAAACGGGAAGUAAUUAAUUUAAUUAUGAAAAGGAGUGAUACAGAAUUUUAAAAAAAGGAAAUAUAUGUCUGCUUGUUGAUAUUUUAAAUUUUCUCAGCGAUAUUUUACUAAUUAACCGCCUGAAACCUUCUAAACAUAAUACAUUCAACUUAAAAUCAAAGAUGGAUCGUAAUUGAAUGGUCAAAUAUGUUUAAUUUGCUUUAAAAAUAAUUAUUUUCUUGGAUAGCAGCGUUCUAAAAUAUUUAAAAUGUCCACCGAACGUCUUUUUCCCCUUUUUUCAGUAAAAAGAAGGCCAUUUUGGUAAAUCAUCGCUUACAAAUGAGCGAAAAACACGAAUUGUUGGUGUCUAAUUGCAGCUAAAGAGUUGGUUUAUUGAUUUAUAGCCACAGAAACACGAGAAAAGUUGCAUUUAACCGAUUUAAUUGCGAAAGAAAAGACGGAAAUCAUCAAGAAUUCUUUGCUUGAAGAAUUCUCGACGCUGAUUGGCUGACAACGCGCGUGUCAACAUCUCCCGCGCAGUUCACAACGCAUGUAAACCGUUGCUAGGCAACCGUGGGUGCUGUUGACGAGCGUGUUGCGUCAGCCAAUCAGCGUCGAGGAUUCUUCCAGCAAAGAAUUUUAUGAUUUCCGAGUUUUAAAUCGGUUUUAAUCGACUUUUAAUGAAUUUCUGCGAUUAUAAAUCGAUGAACCAACUCUUUAGCUUCAAAAUUAAGCACCAAACAUCGGUAGAAUAAUGGCAAUCGUCUUACAAGAGGCAUUUUAAAUAUAAUUUUUUGGCGGGAAAUGGCAUGUGGUCAACAUUACCUCUCUAACCAAAAUGGCCUCGUUCUAAAGUGUAAAUAUAAAAGUUCUCGUCCACAUUUCACGUGCAACGCGCGGCAGCAGUAGCAGAAAAGCUCGUCUCGUCGCAAAAGUUCCGUGUAUAUAUAUGUUUGAGAAAAAGGAGGGCGAGUGAUUGUUGCAGGAGUUUCAUUGUUGCUAACUGCAUUAAGUCUGUGCGCGCGGGAUUGUGUUUUCAUGCUAGAAUCCAGGAUUAAUGUAAUUACCGCAGCAUCUCUGUGUGUUGUGAGACGUAAUGUUUAAUGAGCAGCGCGAGCACCGGCCCGACGAGUGCUGAGGCAAAAAGUGAAGCAGUGCACUCUCCACGCGAAUGAAAAUAAUUCACCCGAUAAUUGGUUUUCAAAGUUUUGAAAUAAGUGUCUAAUUGGCUGUCGCGCUGGUGCUCGCUCCUAGAACUCGAACUAAAAUACUUCCAGAGAAUUUUGUAAAUAACGUGAUUUUUGUAUAAUGACCCUGAUAAUCUUUGUGCGAGCGGAAAGAAGUGACAAUUAUUGGACUCUUACAGGGAAACUCUAGGAGUUUUGUGUUUUAGUUUUUGGUGAAAUUAACUUUUUUUAUGGUUCAAUCUGUGAGCUUGAAAAAUAAGCCCAUUUUGAAGCUGCGCAGUAAUUUUGUGCGCAUCGUAAGCAUGCGCAGUAUGUUCAGAUCGCUUCUAAAUCUCACAGGGAGGCUGAAACUCAUCACUGCGCAUGCGUGGCUCAAAUUAGAACCUUCUGCGCAGUCGUAAUUCCCACCGGGGGCCGGGUUGCGAUCUGUUUUUGGUUUUCCCGCCGGUCAGAAGUCAAAAUGGCGUUGAAAUUAAAGGUGACAGUCCAGUCGGCCAAUCUGAAGCGUCGAAAAAGAGGCGUGCCAACCUAAUAAUUUUAUUUAAGGCCCAAUCGAAACACGAUUUACAAAAUUUCACCUAAAACUAAAACGCCAAACGCCAGGAGUUUCCUUUUCAGGUGCUACGGUGCAGGCCCUUCAUCACGUUUCAUCCUAUCAGCGAUCGAAACUGUAUCAUUUUAUCUGAAAAAAAAUAUAAUAAAUCACUGUGUUAAUUUCCCCUUUUUUGGUAAAAAGACGAAAUAAACGUGAUACAAAAUGUAUGAAAAUAAAAUUUAUGUGUGAAGCAAAA